AGCGCCGGUUCCAGCGACCGGCCAGUUGCCUCCGCCGCUCCCGACCUGCAGCGCCGGAUUCCCCCUGCGUGCGGUGCCACCAUGAUCGGGCAGAAGUCCUUGUUCUCCUUUUUUACGGCGGCGCCCGGGAGGAAGAGAACUCGCUCUCCGGAGACAGCCGCGGCAACUGAGGUCGCCAAAAGAUCGAAGAAUGACAGCUGCUCCCCGCGGUCUCCCCCGCUCAGCCCCGAACAGCUGGAACGCAUCCGCAAAAACAAAGAGGCGGCGCUGCAGAGGCUGGCGGCCCGUACCGCCAGCUACAUUCCUGCGGAGCUCGGGCAGAGCUGGAGGGUCUCGCUGGCCGGGGAGUUCUCCAAGCCCUAUUUUACUCAGCUGAUGACGUUUGUUGCUGAGGAACGCAAGCGCUAUACCGUUUAUCCUCCCCAGCAUCAGGUUUUCUCUUGGACCCAGCUGUGCGAUAUCCGUGAUGUAAAAGUUGUCAUUUUGGGCCAAGAUCCGUAUCACGGGCCUGGUCAAGCACACGGGCUCUGCUUCAGCGUCCAGAGGCCAGUUCCACCUCCACCCAGCCUGGAAAACAUUUACAAAGAGCUUGCUACCGAUAUAGAAGGCUUUUCCCAUCCUGGCCAUGGAGAUUUGACUGGAUGGGCUAAACAAGGCGUGCUGCUGCUUAACGCUGUCCUCACAGUCCGAGCCCAUCAAGCCAAUUCGCACAGAGAGAGGGGCUGGGAACAGCUCACAGACGCCGUGGUCGCCUGGCUGAAUGUGAACCUCGAUGGCCUGGUUUUCAUGCUCUGGGGAUCCUAUGCUCAGAAGAAAGGCGACUCCAUUGACAGGAAACGGCACCACGUCCUGCAGACAGCGCAUCCCUCGCCCCUCUCGGUGCACAGGGGCUUCUUCGGCUGCAAGCAUUUCUCCAAAACCAACGAGUUCUUGAAGAAAUCCGGGAAGCGGCUGAUUGACUGGAGCGCCCUGUAGGGGUCCUGCAGCUCCCUCGAGGCCGGAGGACCGCCGUUCGUGUCCCCACCAGGCCGGAGAGGCUACGUUGAAAUACUCUGACUGAUUUCUUUGGAGCCGAUCUAAGCCGUAAUUUUCCGCCCUCUUCAUUCAGGAGUCACCUAGGUCAAGGCAUUUACACCAAGCAUCUUUUUUUUUUAAAUCUUGGGGCAUUUAGGGGCAUUGCAGCCUUUUUGUUUGAAUUCUUGACCCGUGUGGAGAACGUCGUGCCAAUCUGUUCUAGGCAAUAACGGCCCGGGCAUUUUUGUUUUUCGUUUCCCUAUCUUAGGCUUCUUAAUGGAAAAUAGAAAUAUCGACAACCGAUAGGCUGCCUUUUUUACUUUGCCUCUGCUGAAGAAUUCAUUCAGUAAGCGGUUUAUUUAAUCCAAAGGGAUGCCCCGCCUAGUUCCCCCAGCUUGUCUUUUUCUCGGCUGUCGAUCUUCAGGAGGCGCUAUGAAAAAUAAUUCUGUUUCUUGACUUGCGGGAAGUGGAGCGACAGACUGAAGGAAUUCGCUUUUUUGCCUUUCGGGGCCAGCAGAGGAUUUCAAGGCACGGCCAGGAUUCCGUCGGGCGAGUUAUAUGAGUAGCACGGGGAGGGGAGGAAAACCAGAAGGCGGAGCACAAACGUUCCCCUUCUGACAUUAGCCUGCGUUCGAAUGAGCGUUAGCUGGCUUCGGGCGCCCUCGUGGCGCGGAGGGCAAAAGGUCCUGGGGGGCUGCUGACCACCCCCCGCGUCUGGGGCGCUUCGCCAGGACUCGGGGCCGCCGGCUCCGCCCCCAGCCCGGGCGCGCCGGCCGCGGGCGUCACCUUCGCGGGCUUCCCCUCGUCGGAAGAAGGGGCUGCUCCGCUGUCCUAUGCAAAUUGCACGACGAGGACUUCUGCCUGGUAUAUUCGAGUACCAAUUUCGGACACUUUUUAAGAAAAAGGUCCCUGUAACACUAGUGCCCGUGUCGGAUUCUUUUAUAGUCACCGUUCCAGAGUUUUGAAAUAAACGCGUUUCUGAUAC